ACAUAGGGCAAAAUGGGAAAAGAGGGAUAGAUUUAUGAAGAAGGGAAGAGCACUAGCUGUGUCUGUGUGUGUUGCUUGCGCUUGUGGGCUGUGGCACUGCUACUCAAUAAACUUGAAAACACCAAACCAAACCCUCUCUCCUCUCUAUAAAUCGUUUCCUCUUCUUCUUCUCUUUCAUUUCCUCUCAUUUCUCAACACCGUGAAAUUCUUGAUUCUUCUACCUUCCACACUUCACUUGACUGAGGAAGAAGAAGAAGAGAGAAGGGUAACAGAGGGAGGAAGAUCGGAGAAGAUGUCGUCGUCGUCGUCAUCAUCGAAUUCGCCGUGCGCGGCGUGCAAGUUUCUGCGGCGGAAGUGCACGCAAGAGUGCGUGUUCGCGCCGUACUUUCCGCCGGACAACCCGCAGAGGUUUGCUUAUGUGCACAAGGUUUUCGGUGCCAGCAACGUGGCGAAGCUGCUGAACGAGCUCAACGCGGCGCAGCGAGACGACGCGGUGAAGUCCCUGGCGUAUGAAGCGGAGGCGCGGCUGAGGGACCCUGUGUACGGUUGCGUUGGACUCAUCUCCGUUCUUCAGCACAAGCUCAGGCAGAUCCAGGUGGAGCUCAACACUGCCAAGAAGGAGCUCGCUACGUAUAUUGGACCUCAGGCACUGCAGGGCUUGCCGGCGCCGAUUCUCCAGCAGCAGCACACCAGCCACCCGUUUUCGUCUUCACUUUACCCUUACAGCGGUAACAUCACGGCGGCGACGGCGCAGAUGGUGAUUCGCGAUCCUCAGCCGCCGCCGCCGCAGCAGCAUCAGAUCUUGGAAGCUCAGCAGUUGGCAGCGGCGGUGGCUGCGAGAGAGCAGCAGGAGAUGUUUCGGAGUUACGAGCAGCAGCAUCAGCAGCAAGAGUUUCUGAGGUUCAGUGGCGGGUUUGAUGUGGGUUCCGGUGGUUCUCCCGGCGGUUUCAGCCAGGUCUCACCAACUCCGGCUGUUGAUCAGUUGUCUCCUUCGUUGGCUUUGGGUUCCUUCGACAACACUUUCACUCUACAGCAGCAACCACAGCAAGGAGAACCUCAUUCACACCCUCACCAUCUCUCACUUCAGGCACAGCUUUUACUCCCUCCGCAGCAGAAGCAGGUGCAGCCGCAAACCCAGCAGUCACAACUGACCCACCAUCACCACCACCAGCAACAACCGGAAAGCGAGGAAUGUAGGAGUGUGGGUCCAUCCUGUUGACUUCCAAUUUUGCAGCUCUUACACCUUCCUGCUUUUUCAUCUAACAAUUUUUAGCCUAGGUCUCGUCGAUGACAUUUUAUGCAUCAAACAUAUGUCAUGAUGCAUUUGUUUGACCCAGUUCUUACCUGCCGGAUACAAAUGCAUACAAAGGGAGAGAGAGAGAGAGAGAGAGAGAGAGAGAGAGAGAGAGAGAGAGAGAGAGAGAGAGAGAGAGAGAGAGAGAGAGAGAGAGGUAAAGCAUAUAUAUGCGGGAUUAAUUGGACCGCAUUAUUUUGCAUGGCUUUGGACUUGGAGACUACCAAGAAAGAUUCGAGAAAGUAAGACUUUCACCGAUUUUGGAGAUUUUUUCUGAUGAACUUAAAGCAGUAGCUACGUUUUGCUUCCUUUCUUUUUGUCCAAAACUAAUAUUGUAAAUCAGUCUUCUGACAGCUUUUAAAGGCGUUUAAUUACUAUCUCCAUCUUAUUUUUCAAA